AUGGGAUUUGUUUUAUUUUUUUUAUUAUUUUUAUUUAGUUUUUCAAAUGGAGCAACUCUUGUAAAACACAAUUAUAAAAAAGCAUACGAAUAUGGUAUAUAUAGUACAGGUUGUCAAGUUACUAUUGGUUUAGUUAUUGACGAUCAAUACGAAAUUACCUCGUUCAGUAGUAAUAUUAUCGACUAUAACCCUAAAAAAGAAUACUAUGAAGGAACCCAAAAAGAAUUUAAUCUUAUGUUUUCAAUUCCUUAUGGAACAUACAAUCAAAUUCCAUUUACAGCAACCAAUUCUAAUGGCCAAACUUCAAAUCUUGCAAUUCAAUUCGAUCAAACAUUUGAAUGUAAAAAGUUUGAUCUUUCAUCACCAGCACUCGACAUUGUAUACAUAAGUGAUUUUUAUUUAAAUGAACAAUCAAUGUCUUAUGGUUUUUAUUUUAGAUUUGCAGAUACAUCUAUUACAAAUAUUGGAUAUGGUUUAAAAUGUACUGUUCCAUUUGCAAAACAAUGUAGUUUUGGCGUUUAUCCAGAAUAUAUCUUUAUUGUAGGUAUGCCAUUAGAUCCAACUAAAAUGGCACAAAAAAUCUAUGAUGUUACUAUUACCGAUUUAAAUGGUGUUUCAAAGACAAUCCAAGUCAAAAAUACUCUUUUCAAUACCUCAUCAAAGCAAUCAGUCAUAAAAUCAAUCAGUGUAAACCCACCAAAUGGUUCUGAAAUUCUUCGUGAAACAUCUCAAAGUUUAAAAGUAACUCUUCAAGUUAUCUAUAGCGAGCUAAAUACAGUACAAUUACUUAGAAGUGAAUCUACUCAAUCAUUUACAGAAGGUUCUUUAGUUUUAGGUACUCCAGAAGAACAAACCAUGAUUUUUACCUUUAAUAUAGGAAAUGGAGCAAAAGAAGAUUAUAGCUAUCUUGAUAUUGCAUCACAAGUCACAGUUCCAUUUACUUUAAACUUUACCACUAAAAAUCCACCAUCAUCACAAUCACCAAUUUCUCCAGUAUUCACUAUUGAACAAAGUACAGAAACAGGAAAUCUUGUAUUUAAAACUCAGUUCCAAACACCAUAUCUUAGCAACAACAUUUAUGCUUCACCACUUUAUUAUAUUGGCCCAUUUACAAAUUCAACAUCACCCAUUUAUCCAUAUGGUAUCUCAAAAAGCAAUUCAAACUCAUAUUGGAGCUUUAAUAGUAAUUCAUUAUUUGUAAAUUCAAAUUAUGGAGGCCAAUACUCUGUUGGAAUGGAUUCCUAUGGUUCAUAUGGUGGAGUUGGUUUAGGUAAUUCUAUUAGUAUUCCAAACUUCCCAGGUCUUAUUAAAUCAGAUCCAGAAGGACCAUUCCUUCGUCAUUACUCUGUACAACAAUUAGAAAACAACAAAUUGUUAAUAACCUUUAAUAUUACAGAUAUUGGUUCUGGCUUACUCAAUAUCUUUGGUCUUAUUCCAAAUGUAGCUAUUUUUGCUAAACAGGCUAUUGUCUCUGGUGAUAUUAAUAACGGUAUCUAUCAAAUUUUAGCUACUACUAGUGAUGUUUUAGACAACGAAUUGGUUAUGAUGAAUACCGAUUAUAUGGGUAACUUUAAUCUAUACAAUUCUCAAUUGGUUUUCUCAGAUAUGGACUUUGGUGGCAUUACAGUUUUAGAAAAUCUCAGAACAUCAAAUAUUACCUAUUUCAAAUUUGAUCGUUUACAUAUCGAUACAUCAUUUGAUGAUUUAGAUCUCACAUUAAGUAUCAAUUUCGAUGGUGCUAGCGAAACCUCUGUUAUCCCAAGAGUUACUGUCGUUUACUUGGAUAUGCGUAAAGGUUACACCGAUUACUAUGGUACAUGGAACAAAACUACUCAGAUGUUUGAUGUUAAACUUAAAGUCCAAGCAAGAGACCGUGGUACCUUCAAAUAUUACUUAUUUAUUGCCCCACUUGCAGUAUAUCCAUAUGAUAUUGAAAUUUAUUUCCCAGAUCAAGUAGUCCAAUUAACAUCAAACUAUGUAGAUCAUUAUCCACCAACUAUUACAAAUCUUAAAGCCACCGACCAUCAAUUAACUGUUGCACAAGGUAACUCUGUUGAACUUGGUUGGGAUAUUGAAGUUUAUGACUACCCAGUCGGUUUAGAUUAUGGUGUUAUCGAGGUAUCUAGCAAUUUAGAUUAUGAACCAAGAGUAUUCAACAUCAAGCCAAAUACCACAAUCUCUGGAAGUGAUAUCAAUUCCACAUAUUCAAUUAGAUUCAAUGUCGAACCAUAUGUUGAUCAAGUUUUCUUUAUUUCAAAAUGCAUAUUCUAUGAUAAAAAUGGUUAUUUCUCACAAUAUCCACCUCAACUAAAUAGUGGCUUUGAUGCUUUUUACAACAGUGAAUUUACAUCAGAAAGAAAUAUUCAAGUAACUAUUAGCUCACCAUCACAACAAAAAGAUGUUACUGCUCCACAACUUUUAUCUUUCUCAUACCCACAAUCAUUUGAUAGUUUUGGUAUCAAUAGAGUAGCCACUUUUGAAUUCUCAAUUAAAGAUGAAGAUUUAGGUUCAGGUAUAUCUCUUAGACAUAAUCCAUACGUCUAUGUUCAAUUCUUAUAUCAAAACCAUGUUAGAGUUCAAAGUGUAAAAGUAAGUCAAGAUAACGAUACCGGUAUUUAUAAUUAUCGUGCAGAAAUCAACUUUGAUUAUGGUGCUUUAGCAUAUGGUGCCAUUGUAUCAAUUCAUGGUAUUGUAGAUAACUCAUUAAAUAUGGCUUCAUACUCAUCACAAGAUCUUAAAGCUUUAGGUUUUGGUGGAUCAAUGGUUAACUCAGCCUCAUCAAAACCACCAGUUAUUUUAGAAAACACCGAUCUCAACGAAGAUGGCGGUAAACUCUUUAUUUAUGGUAGAGCUUUUACUGAUUCACCAGUUGUUUACAUGGAUAAAGGCAGUGGAUUUGAAGUUAUAACCCCAACCUUCCAAUCAAACCUUGCUCUUACCCUCAAUGUACCAAGUGUUAAAGGAAUUAGUUUAGUUAAAUUCAAGGUUAAAUCAGGUUCACAAGAAUCCAAUAUUAUUUCAGUUAUUCCAAUUGUUAACCCAGUUUCACAAGCAUCAAAUUGUUCAUCAUUAAGUGACUGCAGUGGUAAAGGUACAUGUGUUAGUUCAAAAUGUGUUUGUGAUCAAGGUUUUUCAGGUCCAGAUUGCUCAUCAACCAGCUCACUUCUUAAUAAACCAAAUUCAGAUACCCCAUCCUUUAGCUCAUUUGGUUCAAUGAUUCUUCUUAAUGAACUUAUCGAAAUUGAUGUUUUUGGCCAAACUGUAAAUACCUAUCCAUUUUUAAAUAAAUUAUGGAAUGCUACAACCGUAGAUUCACAACUCCAAUCAGGUAAAAAAGCUUAUCAAUAUAUCAUUAGUUUAGGUAAUACUGGUUCCAAUAUUAAAGUUGUUGUUGAUCUCUUUGAUGGCCCAGAUACCAUUUCAUUUGCUGGUUACAAUAUUCAAAUGGAUAAAAAUACUGUUAAAUAUACCAUCACCUUAGAUUCAUACCCAUUUGCUAGCAUAUUAAACAGCCUUCAAUUAAAUGUCAAUGCUUCAAUCGAUAUUGCAGAUUCAAAAUGUAAAUUAAAUAGUAUUAAAUUAAAUGAAGACAAUUGUGUAGAAUGGAUUAAAUUACGUUCAGAUGAUCAAUCAAUCUUUGGUAAAUUCAUCCAACAUGCUCUCGUUGAUUAUCGUUCAAUUAAUAUUCAAAACAAAUUAGUUGUCGAACCAACUAUAGAAAAUCAACAUGCUGUUAUUGGUAUUCAAAUCCCAUAUUAUUAUAAAAAUGCAGUAUUAGAUCCAGAUUUCUCUGUGCUUAUCGAUGUUGACGAUUUAUCCAAAAAUAAAGGGUCAUCUUGUUAUGAUGAAGUUGAAUCCGAAAAUAAUGGUGGUGGUGGUAGUGGUCUUUCCAAGUCUAAAAUUAUAACCAUCUCUGUUAUUUGUGGUGUCGUUGGUGCUGCAAUUAUUAUUGCCUCUGUUAUUUUAGUUAAGAAAAAUAUGAAAUUACUAAAAUUCAAAAAAUCAAUUUCAAAUAUCAAUAAUUAA